AUGGCUUCGACUCCUAGCGCUCUCCCGAAAGCGCCUUCGCUUGGUAGUGACAUGGCAGUGAGCUGGGCCGACAGAUUUGGGGCGUCGUCAGCAAUGGAUGACGACUCUGGCACAGAGUACUUCCAGGCUCCGCCCAUCGGUGAUCUUAUGCGCCGGUUCUAUUCCAACAAAGUCGACCCCGAGACACGCGAAGCAAUACUCACGUUCUUCGACUACAGCUACUCGCAAAUCCCGAUUAUUCAUCCAUCGACAUUCAUCCGCCGUGUGGUCGCAAAGGAGGUCGAUCCGCUGCUCAUCGAUGCGAUCAAGGCUGUCAGCGCCCGGUAUAUAACAGCCAACACAGGGCGCAUUGUGGACGCCAGCGAGUACUCGUCUAGCGUUUUGUCGCAGAUUCUGUUCAGCCUAGAAGCAGCCAUCACUGGAAGCCAUCCAGGCGCUCCUAAUUGUAGCGCUACACCUCUCAGGAAACGAACGUGCAAACUCUUACUACGUGCUAAUUGGGACUGCUACCUGUCUGCUUUCCCGUCUCGGCUGGAAUGAGCUGGACCUGUACAAGUCGCAGAGGCCUAGCACCUGGGAGGAGUGGGUCGAGCACGAAACAAAGCGGCGGAUCUUUUGGAAUGUCUACCAGCAGGACAACUUUACAUCGCUGAUUUUUGGCCGCACAAACAUUCAUUCCCGAGUCGCAGAUUCAUGUCCGCUCGCCAUGCGCUGAUUCGGAGUGGAACGACAUCACAUUCGCGCUGUAUGACUCUGCAACUGGAGAGACACCGGAGCCGCUGAACGAGAACGUUGAUUCACGAAGCGCCGAAGGAAAUCAUCAGCGGUGUUCGGGACAACCGCAGCAGAGGGCACA